CGGCUCGCCUUCGAUUGGGUGGACGUCGUCGGUCAGAAGAAGAACACGAUGAAGUGCUCGUCCUAUAAGUAACAUAAGCUCGCACGCGGGGGGAAGGAGGAGGAGCGAGAGUCGAAUACUGCACCACCACCACACUCGCCCAUGUCGACCGAGCCACAGCUCCAGAUCAGCCAGGCGCCGCCCCAGUUCGCCGAAGAGCGCGUCGGAUGGAGCGGAUACGUCGAGUGGGAGCAGUACCCCGAAAAGAAGGACCGCGCGCAGGCGAUCCUGCGCGCGCACCAGUUCACCCCGAUCCCCGGUCAGCCUCCUCCCAGCUGUACCCAGCCGCCGCUAACCAGACCGUCAUCGGCACCAGAAUUCCAGCUGGUCCCGCUCCCGACGACGAACCCGAUCCUGAUCGGACACCGCUGGAAGGAGUACCACGCCGCGCUGGGCCUCGCGUCGAUCGUCGACUUCAGCUGGCAGACCGUCCUCGCGGAGAAGCCCGAUCUGAUCCACGUGCUUGAUUUCCCGUACAACGGCGAGACGAGGCGGGAGCAGAUCAUGCAGGGCAAGAUCACGGACAACAAGUUCCAUUUCGUCCGGAACCACGGCGGGAUUCCGGACAUCCAGGAGGACGCGUUCGAGCUCGAGAUCGGGGGGCUCGUCAACAAGAGCGUGAAGCUGUCGUUGAAGGAUCUCAAGGACGCCUCCAAGUUCCCGCAGGAGGAAGUCACAGUGACUCUCCAGUGCAGUGGCACGCGACGACUCGAGCAGAUUGCGCAGUAUCCGGGAGACGGGGACGAGUUGAUCAACGCGCCCUGGGGCGAAGGCGCGAUCGGGACCGCUGUGUAUCGCGGCGUGUCGCUGAAGAAGGUGCUCAAGGUCGCCUGCGGGGGUGUCCUGCCCGAGUGCAAGCAUCUCGAGUUCAUCGGCGCAGACACCUACUUCAAGAAGGGCCAGGUGUACAACUACGCGGUGUCCGUCCCGUACCGCAAGGUCCGCGCGCGCGAGGAGGUGCUGCUGGCGUGGGAGAUGAACGGCGCGCCGCUGCCCAAGUCGCACGGCGCGCCCCUCCGCGUCGUCGUCACGGGCUACAUCGGCGCGCGCAGCUGCAAGUGGGUGUACCGCAUCACCGCGCUCGCGGAGCCGAGCCUCGGCCCCGUGCAGGCGCAGGAGUACCUGUACUACACGCAGCAGAUCGGGAAGCAGAACGCGCUCUCGUCGAAUGGCUUCUCGAUCCAGCAGAUGCCCGUCUCGAGCGCGAUUAUGGAGCCGCGGGACAAGGAUGUGAUCAUCCACGAUGGGAAGAUCGCGCUCAAGGGCUGGGCGUAUUCCGGGGGCGGCAACUGGGUCGAGCGCGUCGAGGUCUCGCCCGAUGGCGGAAACGUCUGGUACGCCGUGGCGCAGGAGGACAUGACGCAGAAGCACUACCACGCGUGGCGCCUGUGGAAGAUCGAUGUGCCCGUCGACGCCGAGGGCUGGACCGAGUUCCUCGUCCGCACCUGGGACUCGUCCAACAACACCGAGCCCACCUUCGUCCACUCGGCCUGGAACUGGGACCUCCACGUGACGUCGUCCUGCCACCGCAUCAAGAUCUACAGCGUGAACCGCACGCGCCCGGCGACGCGGGCGAGGCUGGCCGAGCUCGAGGCCCGCGGCGAGUCGCUCACACCGCUCACCCGGCCGCUCGAGUUCACCCUCGAGAAGACCGAGGACUAUCUCGCGGCGGUCCGGAAGUACCCCCGCGAGCCUGUGGACUGAGACGAUGCGCGUGUGUUUGCGGAAUAGAAGUAUGAGCAAUGUAUUUUUGAAUGGUUUGUUUUUCGAAGAAUAAACGGGGCAUGGGCGGAAGCUACCAGACGAUGGGGUCCUCCCUGUG